AUGUUAAAAUUAAAGCAAAAAAAAAUUGCUAUUUGCUAUAUGGGUUUACAAGUAUAUUUGAAUUCCUUAAACAAAAAUAAACGUUCCAAGUGGGUUAAAACCUGGAAGUUAAACCGGGAAAAAUUCAGUGAUAUGGUUUUAUUACGCGAGCUUCGUCAAAAUGAUCCGGACGAUUUUAAAAACUACUUAAGAUUGGACAGUGAAGAUUUUGAUUACUUAUUGAAGAUAGUAGGUCCAGCAAUAAAAAAGCAAGACACAGUUAUGCGUGAACCUAUUACUUCAGAAGAACGGUUAGUUGCUACAUUGCGAUUUUUAGCAACAGGGAGGUCAUAUGAAGACCUAAAGUUCAGUACGCGAAUAUCUGCUCCAAGCCUUUCGAGUAUAAUACCGGAGACGUGUAAAGCAAUUUAUGAAGCACUUAGAGCAGACUACAUGAAGGUAAAACAAUUUACAUUUUAA